AUGGAUCUGGAUAAUCGAAUAAAGGCCUACAAAUUUGUCUCCUACGCAGCUGUCACUUUCUCAACAGUUGCCGUACUGUCAGUCUGCGUAACACUGCCCAUGGUCUACAACUAUGUCUAUCAUGUUAGGCGACAUAUGAAAUCCGAAAUAAACUACUGCAAGCACGCGAUAGCUCUCGGAAUUACAUCAGGUCCGGGCAAAAUAGCCUAA